CCAUAUCAUAUUUAAUUGAUCUCAAACAUUCUAAUUGUUAAUCUUAGCUUCUUGGAUUGCAACAGAGAAGAGCAGAAAAGACUUCACUUCACUUUAAUUGAUUUCUUAUAAAUUGUCCAUAAUAAUUCUGAAGAUAUGGGAGUGCUGUCUAAAAUUGCUACUAGCGGUAGACACGGCGAAAACUCGGCGUAUUUUGAUGGCUGGAAGGCUUACGAUACCGACCCUUUCCAUCCAAAGCACAACCCCCGCGGCGUUAUUCAAAUGGGCUUAGCAGAAAACCAGUUGUGCUUUGAUAUGAUUGAGGAGUGGGUGGUGAACAACCCUAGAGCAUCCAUUUGUAGUGAGGAAGGAGUAGAUGAGUUCAAGAAUAUUGCUCUAUAUCAAGACUAUCAUGGAUUGCUCCAAUUUAGAAAGGCAGUUGCAAGGUUCAUGGAGAGAGUGAGGGGAGACAGAGUGCGGUUCGACCCGGACCGGAUCGUGAUGAGCGGAGGUGCAACCGGAGCCCAUGAAAUACUAGCCUUUUGUUUGUUGGAUCCGGGGGAAGCAUUCCUCGUCCCAACCCCCUACUAUCCUGGAUAUGACAGAGAUCUGAGAUGGAGAACAGGGGUAGAACUUUACCCAGUGCCAUGUGACAGCUCAAAUGACUUCAAGCUCACUUCAUCAGCAUUGGAAUCAGCAUAUGCCAAGGCCAUGGACGAGAGCAUCAGAGUGAAGGGCCUGCUCAUCAACAACCCCUCCAACCCGCUCGGCACCGUCCUCGACCGGGACACCCUGAAAGACAUCGUCCGCUUUGCCAACGACAAGAAAAUCCACCUCGUCUGCGACGAAAUCUAUGCCGCCACCGUCUUCUCCGCCCCGGAGUUCGUCUCCGUGGCGGAGGUCAUGGAAGAGGUCGAAUGCGACCCCGACCUGGUCCACAUCGCCUAUAGUCUCUCCAAGGACUUGGGCCUCCCUGGGUUCCGGGUAGGGGUCGUCUACUCCUACAGCGCGGCUGUCGUCAGCUGCGCGCGGAGGAUGUCGAGCUUCGCGCUGGUGUCGACCCAGACGCAACACCUUGUCGCGUCUGUGUUGUCCGACGAGGCGUUCGUGGGGCGGUUCCUACGCGAGAGCUCAGAGAGGCUGGGGACGAGGCACCGGGACUUCACCCGAGGGCUGGCCCGGUUCGAGAUCGGGACGUUGCAUGGCAACGCCGGGUUGUUCGUGUGGAUGGACUUGAGGAGGCUUCUCCGGGAGGCGACGUUCGAGGCGGAGUCGGAGCUCUGGAGGGUGAUCAUUGAUGAGGUGAAGCUGAACGUGUCCCCCGGGGGCUCGUUCCAUUGCUCCGAACCGGGUUGGUUCAGAGUGUGCUUCGCCAACAUGGACGAGGAGACAAUGGCGGUGGCGCUGGCGAGGAUUUGGAAGUUUGUGGGUCAGAGACAGGGCGGGGAGGAGGCCGAAGCCGCGAAGACGAAGACGAAGAAGAAGAAGUGCAGGAGGAGUUUGGAGAUCAAUUUGUCGUUUCGGGGAUUGGAUGAUUAUUUGACGUCUUCUCCUCAUCACUCUCCCAUGAGUUCUCCCAUGGUUCAUGCAACCACUUGAACAAACAUCCAUGGACUACCAAACGGUCCAAAAGUUAUUACUCGAAGUCAAAUGCUAAAAAAAUCAAUAUAGAUGGAGGGAAUAUUGGUCUCUUCAUUAAUGUGAUAUGAUUAUAGGUAUGAAUAAAAGAAAAAUUAAAGAGGCUGUUAUUAA